AUGGCUACUUCACCUACCAAGCCUAAGCCCCUGCCGUUCAUCUACCAAUUUGCGGCGGGUGCAAUAGCAGGCGUGACCGAGCUACUAUGUCUUUAUCCUCUAGACGUCGUCAAGACACGUAUACAGCUGCAAGGAGGUAGCAAAGCAGGAGGAACGCAGUACAAUGGCAUGGUGGACUGCUUCCGCAAGAUCAUCGCAGAAGAGGGAUUCGGGCGGUUAUAUAGAGGGCUGAUCCCGCCCCUCAUGCUCGAGGCGCCCAAGCGAGCAGUCAAAUUCGCAGCGAAUGAUUUUUGGGGCAAAACGUACAAGACUGCUUUUGACACGAACGAGAUGACGAGAGGAUUGUCUGUCUUGACGGGAUGUACUGCAGGCGCGACCGAGUCCAUCGUCGUCGUUCCUUUCGAGCUUGUCAAGAUCAGGCUGCAAGACAAGGCAUCUGCUUCACUUUACUCUGGACCGAUGGACGUCGUCAGCAAGAUCGUCAAGAAUGAAGGUCUGCUCGGUCUCUACGGCGGUCUGGAACCGACGUUCUGGCGGCACGUCUCCUGGAAUGGUGGCUACUUUGGCUGCAUUCACUCGGUCAGACAGAUGAUGCCCAAAGCAACGACAAAGUCAAGCGAAUUGAGAAACAACUUUAUCUCGGGCUCGAUUGGUGGCUUCGUAGGAACGCUCAUCAACACGCCAUUCGAUGUCGUCAAAUCACGUGUGCAAAAUUCGCCCAAGGUGGCUGGACAAGUCCCCAAAUACAAUUGGACCUUCCCCGCAUUGGCCACGAUUGCGCGAGAAGAGGGCACGGCGGCGUUAUGGUCAGGAUUCGCCCCAAAGGUGCUCCGAUUGGCACCGGGCGGAGGCGUCUUGCUCGUGACCGUGGAAUUUUGCCUGGAAGCGUUCAGGAAGGCGCUCGGACCGCCCUACGUCUUGACCCUGGGAGGAGGUAAACGCAAGCUUGGGGCCAGGCGCAGUCGAGGAGACAUCACCCGUGCAUCAAGUCAUACACAACAGACGACCCUGACACGCUCCCGCCUGGACAAAGGCGUGGAUCUGACGAGCUGCGACCUGCAAUCUUGCCAGAGCGAGCGCUUGUUGCCGUGCAACGAGCGAGGAGAAAUCUAUCUGCUUGACGACAUCGCGAGGAGAUCACACCCUGACUACACUGCACGGGACAGCAACCCAAAGGGGUCACAACCGAUGACGGCGUUGACACAGCUUCAACAGAGCUACUCGCUCUUGCUCAACGCACAAAGGCUCGACUCGCCUAUCGACCCAUCCCGGACGCUGUCUGCGAUCGGCUACAUACCCACCCAUAAGACGAGACCGUCUCUUGAUCGACCGAUACCCCUCGUCGUUGACGUGCAAUCAACUGACGACGGCGACCAGACGAUGGCUGUCUCGCUUCAGACGGGCUCGAUUGUCACCAGUCUCAUGCCGUCACCGAACGGUCAGGAUGUCACUCUCCUACAGGCUGAGACGCACGUCGCCGUCCAGGAUCAGCUCGACUCCAACCCGGCUGCAGGCGGUCGUACACCUCAAGAGCUCCUUGACGCCGUCACGAAGCUCAAGUUCUUCUUGGCGACCGCGCCCGGCUCGUUCGACCAAUCUGCCAUCGACCUCAAUGAGAUACAGAACAACGAUGCACGGCGUCUCAAUCGCUUCUUGCUGCCCACCGGCGAGUUCGUCUCCUGCGUCCUCUGGAACGGUCUAUACCACAUCACCGGCACCGACAUCGUUCGCGCGCUCCACUUUCGUUUCCUCGCCUUUGGCCGGCCUGUCCGCAACUCCAAGAAGUUCGAAGAAGGCAUCUUCUCCGAUCUCCGCAACCUCAAGUCUGGCACAGAUGCCUGUCUAGAAGGUCCCAAGUCCGAGUUCCUCGAGCUGCUGUUCAAGUACAACUGUAUCCGGACACAGAAGAAACAAAAGGUCUUCUACUGGUUCUCCGUCCCUCACGAUCGUCUCUUCCUCGACGCUCUCGAUCGUGACCUCAAGCGCGAAAAGCUGGGCACAGAACCAACGACAGAGGCAGUCGCCGAGCCAGCGCUCAGCUUCACCUACGAUCCCACCAAGAGCUUGCAUGAUCAAUUCAUUCGCUCGCAAAAGACGCCUGAUCAAGAUCAGCUGCCUCUUGCUGACGAUGGCGGUUCAUCUGCGGAGAUCAGCAGCUCCGUCACUUUACCCGCGCCAUCUGUCUCUACACCUUUGCUCAACUCUGCUCGCGCGGUCACUGAAGGCUCGAGCGCUAGCCCAGCUGGCGGACAGGCUCUGUCUGUCAAGGAGGAGCCAUCAGGCUCGCUCAAAGCGAUACCCAAUCCUGCCGUCAGCAGUGUCCUGGGCUCCUUCUCUCUCUUUGAAGGCUCGCCCAACUACAAGCAACGUCGCAAAACGGGCACGAAGCGCACUCGCGAUGAACACGAUCCGCAUUCUGCCCGCUCAUCGCCGCAAGGCCACGAGUCGCCAGACGAUCGUUUCCGUCAAUCGAGCUUUGAGGGAUACGGUCACCAGCAGCAGCAGCAGCAUCAUCUUCAUCAGCAUCAUGGACAUCACCAUGGCAUGUCUCUACCCAUGUCUUACUCGCCUGUUCCCAUGGCGUCGCCCCAACUACGUGGCUACAUGUAUCAUCACCACAUGCCGCCCUACCCGUCUCCCGAAGGCGCAUAUGUUCCUAUGCUACCCGCUCCUCCCAUGACAGCGCCAGGCUACUCGCACGGGCCCGAGUUACCUCUGCUCAAUACGUCCAUCUCGUCGGCCUCGUGUGCAUCACCCGGCUCGGCUGUGCGAUCGUAUGUCUGUCCGCUUCAAGCUUGCGGUCGGCUUUUCAAGCGACUCGAGCAUCUCACUCGUCAUGUUCGCACGCAUACCCUAGAAAAGCCUUACGUCUGCACACAAUGCGACAAGCGCUUCGCCAGGCAGAUAUCUGCUGAUGCCCAACGCAGAUCGGACAACUUGUCGAUACAUGCUAAAGUGCACGAAAAGGCCGAGCGGGAGAAUGCUGCCGAGGUGGUCGACGAGACCCACUACGAAGGCGAGGAAACACAAGAGCAACUCCAAAAGGUCGUCGAUGCUUUCGAGGGAGGUGCUCAGCGUCCGCCUAGGGACAACGAGUCUGUCGUUGACGGGCGAGAUGAUGCGAGCGAAGCGUCGAGCGCGCGAUCGCCCGACCACCAGCGCCCACGGAAACUACUUCGUACUCAGACUGCCCCCUCAUCUGGCACUUCCUACGGCCUUGGCCUACAUUUUUCGGCUCCUGCAUCGGCGGGACUGGGCCCAUCGCUUCAACAAGCGCAAGCGGAACGCUAUCAGAGCGAGCAGCCUGUCAGCUCGCCACGACAGAAAGUUGAUUCCGCUACUUUUGGCAAUUACCGUCAAGCCUCGAUGGAUCCCCAGCAUGGCUUCUCGAACCUGACGCCUCUCUUCCCGGAACGCCGACAUCGGUCUCUGACGCCCAAUGUCAAUCGACUGCCGAGCUACGGUCGCUCGCUGCUUGCCGGGGGGCCAUAUACGCCUUACCGCUAUUCUGCCUACUCAGCGAUGCCACCGCAGCCUCCGGCGUAUGGUGAGCCUGUCUCGGGCUGGUCUGGCAUGCCAGCAUUGCCGCAGCAGCAGGAGGCCUCGCAUCCCCAUGCUCAGUUGCAGCGAGAGUGGCCAGCCCAGCCGCAGCAACAACUGAAUAGUCCCCUCAGCAGGCAACUCACCGAAUCUCAACCUGCUGCGAGCAACGAGCCAAACGGGAUCAUGCCACCGCCCUCGCUCGGCCGAUCGACGCAGCAUCCUCGAUCGUUCUCUGAUCAUGGCAGUGCUUUCAGUUACCCGCACCAACAGCCCAGUGUCAGCAUGGCAGAGAUGGUGCUCUAA